UGAUGAAAUUGGUUGUGAUUAUACAUAUUUUAUAAAAGGGGAUUCCGUAAUCCUAGUUUCAAAAACAUAUAAUGAUUACUAUUCAUUAUGUGGUAUAGGCAGUGUAGAUUAUUUGUAAAAUGACUUUAUUAUCUUCUUAUACAAAUCUAAAACAGCAAGUGGUAUAUAAUGUUGGAUGCAGUGACAUUCAAGGUAAUCUUCUUAACAUACUAAAAGAGUUUUACAGAGAUGACAUAGACUCCAUAAGAAGACUCGAACAAGUAAAAACUAUUGGGCAACUUUUACGAGUAUUAGAAAUACGCGAUGUUCUUUCCGAAAACAAUGUAACGCCCUUAAAGGAAAUAGCUAGAAGAAUUAAAAACAAUGAAUUAUUAAAGAAAAUAAGUGAAUAUGAGCAGUCUCGUGAUCAUAGGGAACAUUUGAACUUUUAUGCCGCAGAAAAUACACAGAGUUCAUCAUAUUACAAAGAACCCGAAACAGCUUUACCAUCUGGGCAUCCAUAUGGAAACAUAACUCUAAGAAAAAAGAACCGUAUUAAUGAAACAAUAGUAGAACAAAUUGGCACAUCCUGGAGAGAUCUUGGUAGAAAUCUGAAAUUGCAAGAACAUCGAAUAGAUGAAAUUGACAAGCAACAAACUUCAUUAAAAGAGAAAGCUUAUGAGAUAUUGCAUGUAUAUGAAGACCGAGCUGACCCACAGAGAGGUUUUCUUGUUUUGUGCCAUGCUUUAGAGAAAUCAAGACGUAAAGAUUUGUGUAGAAAACUACAAGAAAUAAUGGUUAUGAACAUAUAAAUAUUACUAAUAACAUACUCAUUUAGAUUAAGUAAAAGUUUAAUAUAAAAUAUAAUAACAUUUUAUGUUAAGUGUAAUUAACAAACUUAA